AGUAGGCCGUCGACCGGGUGCGUGUGCUGACCACCAGCUCGCUCUGAGUGUCAGGAGCUGGAGUUUGUAUAUAUCCAAAGGAUUAAAACAAAAAUCUGAAGAAGGACAAGAUCACAGCAAAGAGGUGACAUUAAAAAAAAAGCCUGUUUUGUCAGCUUGUUGCCGUGGUACAAACAUGACGGAGGUGACACAGGUUACCGAUGUAGACGCCCACAGUGGAGGUGAUGCUCAUAUAGAAGAUGACGUGGGCAUCAGUAAAGAUGGCAAACGGCCUCACAGCAGAAAUGAUGGACGUAAUAAGAGUGACAAGAGGAACAUUAAGGGUGUACAGCCCAAAAAGAAUAUCAAAGGUGAUGAAAAAAAGGCAGAUGUUAAUGGUUUAGCACAAGACACAAGAAAGAAGAAGGACGACGCACCAGCUGACGCAAACAACGACCAAAAUAUUUCUGAUUUGGCUCUUAAAAAAGAGAAACUCCUCAGAUCAAGAAAGCCGGUGGCCAGAAGUUACGUUCCCAAACUAAACAAGGACAAGGGCGAUGUGACAAGUAAAUUUGAGACCAUGCAGAAGGCCAGGGAGGAGCGCAGCAGGCAGAGGAACAAGGAGGAGCAGCAGAAAAGGAAGGAGCAAUACAUUAAGGAGAGAGAGUGGAACCGCAGAAAGCAGCAGAUAAAAGAAUUACUGGAUUCCAGUGAUGAGGAAGAAGAGUCAAAGCCAGCCAAGGUAGAAAAAUCCUACGUUCCCAAGAUCACAGGUAGCGUGAAGGGGAAGUUUGCAGAAAUGGAGAAACAAAGGCAAGAAGGGGAAAAGAAGAAGAUGGAAGAGGAGAGGAUGAAGAGGGCUACCCAGAACAUCAUAGAAAAAGCCAAAAUUAAGAAAGAACUGGCUCAGAAAGCAGCUGCGGAAGGAGACGACACACCCUUGGUUCAGGUGGUUCCAGCGAAGCCGUCACGACCCCCAGGCAAGAUCAAGAUGAACUUUGAGGACAUGGAGAAGACUCGAGAAGAAGAACUGAAGAAGGCAGCAGAGGAGGAGAAGAAGAGACGAUACGAUGAAAACAAACGCUCAUUCAGGGAAGCCAAACGACGCUCAGUCAUUCAACAGGAUGAAGAAGAGAAGCCUUCAGAGAAAGUGCAGGUCACUCCAGGAAAGCUGAAGAUGACGUUUGAGGAGCUGGAAAAGGAACGACAGGAGCAGAGGAAGAAGCAGGCCGAGGAUGAAGCCAAACGUCGUCUGCAGGAGGAGAAGAAAGCAUUUGAGGAGGCCAGACUUGAAAUGGGAGAAGAUGACGACAACAGUCAGCUGGCUCAAGAUGACAAGGAGGAGAUCCGACCUGGGAAACUCAGGUUGAGUUUUGAAGAACUGGAGAGGCAGAGAAUUGAAGAGGAGCGUAAGAAAGCAGAAGAGGAGGCAAAGAGGAGAAUGGAAGAGGAGAGAAGAGUGUUUGCUGAAGCCAGAAAGAGCAUGCUCGUCGACGAGGACGACGAGGUGCUGAUGGCCUUGCUGAACCUGGAGGGCAGUGAACCAGGGAAGAUAUGUGCCAGUUUUGAGGAACUGGAGCGCCAGAGGAGAGAGGAAGAGCAGAAGAAGGCUGAGGAGGAGGCCAGGAAAAGGCUGGAAGAGGAGCAGAGACUUUUCGCCGAGGCACGCAAGAGCAUGAGCCCUGGCCUGGAUCAGGAAAAGUCUGCAUAUGGAGAUGAAGAAAUAUUGGAUGAGGAGGAGGAGGAGGGGAUGGUGAAGACUGUGUCUCAGGAAGCACUGCAUCCCAAAAAACUGGAGAUUAACUUUGAAGAGCUGCAAAAGGAGAAGGAGGAAGCCAAGAGGAGGUGCAAGGAGGAGGAGCGCAAAAAGAAACUGGAGCAGGAGAAGCAGGAGUUUGAACAACUCAGACAGGAGCUGGGCGAGGAAGAAGUAAAUGAAAGCUCAGAUGUUGUCAGCACAGAGUAUGAGGAGCUGACCAAGCUCAAGAGGACUGGCUCCAUUCAGGCCAAGAACCUCAAGUCCAAGUUUGAGAAGAUCAAACAGCUGAGUGAGGAGGAAAUUCAGAAAAAAAUAGAAAUGGAAAGAGCACGGAGGAAGGCCAUUGAUGAUGAGAUUAAAGAGCGAGAAGCUGAGAGGAUGCAGGAGGAAGAUGAAGAAAACGAAGCAAAUGAAAGAAAGGCUGAACAGUCGCCCUUCAAACAGAAGGUUGAUAUGCGAGCCCGAUUUGAGCAAAUGGCCAAAGCCAGAGAGGAGGAGGAGAGGAGGAGGAUAGAAGAGCAGAAGCUGCAGCGGAUGCAGUUUGAACAGCAAGAGAUUGACGCUGCCCUGCAGAAAAAGAAGGACAAUGAGGGCGAGGAUGAGGGGAACAUCAUCAAUGGCUCCGCAGCCUAUGAGGAUGAGGACGAUCAUGCCAGGUCAGGAGCUCCAUGGUUUAAAAAGCCCCUCAAGAAUCAGUCAGUGGUGGACUCGGAGCCAGUCCGGUUCACCGUCAAGAUCAAUGGGGAACCCAAACCAGAGGUGACCUGGUGGUUUGAAGGGGAGAUGCUCCAAGACUGCGAGGACUAUCAGUAUAUCGAGAGAGGAGAGACAUACUGCCUCUACCUCCCAGAGACCUUCCCAGAGGACGAGGGGGAGUACAUGUGUAAGGCUGUGAACAGCAGAGGCACAGCAGCCAGCACGUGCGUCCUCACAGUGGAAACUUACGACUACUGAUGCCCUUCCAUGUUGUGGACAGUACCCCUCUUAUCCGUCACUCCUUUGUUUUUUACAUAUAAAAAAACAUCAUCCCUCGGGUACGGUCAAACAGCAGAAGGUUGAAAUUAGCAGUAUGUGUGGCAUU